AACAUGCGAGCUCAGGGAAACGCACAGAUGUGAAGCCCUGAGAGUGACUUGAUUAAAGCAACGCCUCCCCCUGCUUGGCCCCGCUCUCCUCAGUCCCGGAAAGGAGCCGAGGCCCAGAGGAGCUGGAACUCCCAGCAACUCUCGUCCUCGGAGCCGUUAAUAGCAACAUAACAGAGCGAGUGGAAACGACUUUCCAGGCUGGUUCCUGCUUUGCCCCGACGAAGCCCGGUCACCAUGAAUGCAGAUGAAUUCCGAAGGAGAGGGAAAGAGAUGGUGGAUUAUGUGGCUGACUACUUGGAAGGCAUCGAGGCACGCCAGGUCUACCCCGACGUGGAGCCCGGCUACCUGCGCCCUCUGAUCCCCCCCACUGCUCCCCAGGAGCCAGACACCUUUGAAGACAUCAUUAAUGACGUGGAGAAGAUAAUCAUGCCAGGGGUGACCCACUGGCACAGCCCCUACUUCUUUGCCUACUUCCCCACGGCCAGCUCGUACCCGGCCAUGCUCGCAGACAUGCUGUGCGGGGCCAUCGGCUGCAUCGGCUUCUCCUGGGCCGCCAGCCCGGCGUGCACUGAGCUGGAGACGGUGAUGAUGGACUGGCUGGGGCGGAUGCUGCAGCUGCCCGAGGCGUUCUUGGCUGGAGAAGCCGGAGAAGGGGGCGGGGUGAUCCAGGGAAGCGCCAGUGAAGCCACGCUGGUGGCCCUGCUGGCCGCUCGGACCAAAGUCACACGACGCCUGCAGACCACCUCCCCGGGGCUGACGCAGGCCGCCGUCAUGGAGAAGCUGGUGGCCUACGCGUCCGACCAGGCCCACUCCUCGGUGGAGAGAGCCGGACUGAUCGGGGGAGUGAAGCUGAAGGCGAUCCCUUCCGAUGGCAAGUUUGCCCUGCGAGCUUCUGCCCUGCAGGAGGCCCUGGAGCGCGACAAAGCCGCAGGCCUGAUUCCUUUCUUCGUGGUGGCUACCCUGGGAACCACGUCCUGCUGCUCCUUUGAUAAUCUCUUAGAAGUGGGGCCCGUCUGUCACAAGGAGGGCGUGUGGCUGCACGUGGACGCGGCCUACGCAGGCAGCGCCUUCAUCUGCCCCGAGUUCCGGCACCUCCUGGACGGAGUGGAGUUUGCAGAUUCGUUCAACUUCAACCCCCACAAGUGGCUCCUGGUGAACUUCGACUGCUCUGCCAUGUGGGUGAAAAAGAGAACCGACCUGACCGGAGCCUUCAAGUUGGACCCCGUCUACCUGAAGCACAGCCACCAGGACUCAGGCCUCAUCACCGACUACAGACACUGGCAGCUGCCGCUGGGCCGAAGGUUCCGCUCCUUGAAAAUGUGGUUUGUUUUCAGGCUGUACGGAGUCACGGGCCUGCAGGCCUACAUCCGCAAGCACGUCCAGCUGUCUCACGAGUUUGAGUUUCUGGUGCGCCAGGACCCCCGCUUUGAGAUCUGCGCGGAGGUCACUCUGGGGCUGGUCUGUUUUCGGCUAAAGGGCCCCAACAGCCGGAACGAAGCUCUUCUGGAGAGAAUCAACAGUGCCAGAAAAAUCCACCUGGUGCCCUGCCACCUGCGAGACCAGUUCGUGCUGCGGUUUGCCAUCUGCUCCCGCACGGUGGAGUCGGCCCACGUGCGGCUGGCCUGGGAGCACAUCCGGGGGCUGGCGGCCGAGCUGCUGGGGGCCGAGAAGGAGUGAGGGUGGCCGGCAGAGAGCAAACGUUGAAAUGAAGUUAUCUGAGUACCUGGAUGAGAGGAAAAACAUGUGUUGUCCUUGCUCCAGGAAACCACGCCUGUAUGUGGCCCCACGCAUCUUGUCUCCAAAGUUAUCCAGAGAAAAAGCUCGUGAUUACACCUGUUCAGUCUCUCAUCAGCGAAGAAUAUUAUCUGCUCCGUGAAAAGUUAACCCCAGUGGACAUAGCUUUUAUUCAUUAUUCGGCUGUGAUGUUUUGGUGAUUAAAAAAAAAAAUCAUAGGUGUGUGACUGAGAUGUGAUGCUGUACCCCGGAAAAUGACCCAGCGUUGUCAACUGAUGGUACUUCAACUAUAAAAAAAAAUUUUUUUAAGUAUAGAUUUCUGUGCUCUUGAAGUUGUCAGUGAUGGUAAAGGCUUAUGAAAACAUUCUCCAGGGCAAUCUGUGAUUAUGGGUCUUGAGAUUAUGCCUGUGGUCUGUAAACUGUUCUGUCAUGUGGGCUCAAUGUUUAAUAAAUAAUUUGAAAUGUAAA